AUGGAUUCACCAUUGAAAGUCUUGAAAGAACCUAAUGGACAACUUUUCCCUAAACAAACUGAUUUGUCUAGAAUUAAGUUCAAGCUUUUACAAAUUAUUAAUGAGUUAGGAGAACUCAGUGAGUUGUAUGAACUGCUAAAGUCUCAAUUAUGUUUAACCAAUCAAAAUGAUUUAAACAAAGGUAUAUUCUUGCUUCCUGAUAACAUUUUGUUGGAUAUCCUUGGCUAUGUGAAUCAGAUGGAUACAAUUCAUCUUGCAUUAACUCAUCGAUAUUUUAGGAAUGUUUGCAAGGAAAAGUUGUUAAAGUCGCUCUAUGUCUAUGAUGAACGCAACUGUCGAAAAGAAGUUCAUGUUCCAAAAGAGUUAUAUAGUCCAUUUUAUAUGAAGUAUACUGUGAUUGGUCAUACCAAAUUGUUAGAUCUAAUCUCAAGUUCCUGUUAUCUGCCUGAAUACGUGAAGGACAUACUUUUUGGUGAUGACGAAGACGUGACAGUACGUGCAUUGGAUGCUAUCGUUAAUCUAUCUCACAGAUGUUCGAUUAGAUUCCUUAAAGUUAAAUUUGGUGAUAUUCAAAACUGGGUAUUGAAACAUCAAGUAGUAAAGGCCGCUGCAUAUCAUCUAUUUGGAAAUGCUCUAGAAGAACAAUAUCCGCAAGAGAAACAGUUUGUAGUGAAGCAUUUGCUCUUAAAAAAUUCUGAGAGCUUUUGGAUAGAGAAGGAGCUUUCAAAGUUUGAACGAUUAAGAAGUAUAUACCUUAUUGACCCUCCAGUUUUUAGUUUGACGAAGAAGAUUGAUGUUGAUGAAUUGCGUUUGGAGUUCACUGAAGAAGCUAUAGCGCUGGUUGUUUUGUCAAAUUUUAAUAUUCAAAGAAUUAGAAGAUUGCUGGUGUACGAUUGUGAUGAUUUAUUUGCGGAAACUAUUCUCCCAUUGGCCAGUCAAUUUGUAUCGCUCAAUGCCUUAGAGAUCGGAUCUUCAGAAUUUGAUACUUUGGGUUUCCUUGGGGCUUUGAGAAGUGAUUCUUUGGAAGAGAUGGUUAUGUCUGACAUGUUUCGAGUUGUACCCAACAAUCAGAGGAGGAAUUUAAGAUUACUAAGCUUUUCGCCACCAGGGCAGUUAGCCUUUCGAAGCGGAAAGCCAGCGACACGCAUGGUGCCAGCUGUAUCAAUAAAAGGCUCUGAUUUUCCUGUCCUCGAAUUCAGUUACCCGUUAGAUAUUUACCCAUCUUUGGAGAAAGUUAUUGUUGACGGGAUUGUUUUCCGGGUCAGCAUGACAAGAAGCCCAUACUUAAUUCCGGUUGAAUUUUAUUCAAAUAAAGAACAAAAGUUUGCUAGCUAUUAA